GUCUAGUGUGGUGUGUGGUGGUGGUGUGAUACGGUGGGUGAGGCCUACAGCGGGAACAGGUCACAUUCCUGGACGCUGUCACACCAUGAACACUCACACAAAUGAAUCCUGAAGACUAGUCCGUGGUGUAUGGUCCAGCUUCGCCUCACCCAGAUCACAUUAAAUUCUUCCUUCUGACCUGCCCUGAACACCACCCUGGAGUGCCCUUAGCUUUCGCUGUGGGUAGCCUGUAAGGUGACCGUGGGUAACCUUAUAACCAGUGAGGGAAGAAGACCCUCUCCUCCCCCCUAGCUGCUGGUGACGAGAAAGGCAUGGGUCGGUGCUCACAAAGACAGAUGGUGGCGUGUGCCCUGGUGGCCUACACCAUCCUGGCCCUCAGCACCGACAUCCUCGACUUCAAGGAAACGAAGAAAGACGUCUUCAGAAUCGAAAAGCUGAGUUUACGACCUAUGGAGGAGAUCCAGGUGGUGGAAUACCAACAGCGGAAGGCUCGUAUAAAAGAAGUGUGUGCAGCAUGGGGCGCUUACUCCACCAAAGCCAAGUUCCUCAAGACUGCUCAGAAGUUCAUUGGAAACAACAAGAUUAAAGAUGAGAUCAUUAGAGAUAGGCCAGAUCUGUCACAGUCACAGCUUGAGAGACUAUGGCAACUAAAUAAAAGGACAACGUUUCAUCAAAUGUUUGUUGACAAGGAGCACAGCCUCACCUGGUGUAAGGUGCCCAAGGCUGCAAGUACCAGCUGGCUCCAUGCCUUCCUUCAGGUAGCAGGAGUGCAGGACAUAGCAUCUAAGGACAUGGCAGGAAAACACGCACUGUUAAGAGACACGUACCCAUUGCUGGCUACUGGCCUGCUGAGACGUAUCAUGCCAGCUACAAUGAAAUUUAUGGUGGUGCGUCACCCAUUUGAGCGAGUUCUCUCAGCAUAUCGUGACAAACUGGAGAAUUAUGAACGAGAUGUAAAGGACAGGGGUGGAUAUUAUUAUGCAAUUUAUGGCAAGAGGAUUGUUAAAGCCUACCGUAAGCCGAGCAUAAGUGAAGAGGUGAACCACAAUGCACGAAAGGAACCAACAUUCCGAGAGUUCAUCCAGUACCUCCUUGAUUCUGAUGUCGAGGAAUAUGAUGAGCACUGGAGGCCAAUCUUCCUCCUGUGCACACCCUGCCACAUUAAAUAUGAUGUUAUUGCCAAAAUGGAAACACUCUCUCAAGAUGCAGACUUUAUCCUGUACCACCGCGGCCUCGCUGAUGAGGUACACAUAGAGUGGACUCACAAGACUGACCAGACCAAGAGAACGUCCGAUGUUGCCAAGACUUAUUUUUCCCAGUUGACUUCUAGUGAGGUUAAGCAACUUUAUUAUAAAUUCAUCUUAGAUUUCUUGUUAUUUGAAUAUGAAUUUGAGCCUUACAUGAAACUGGCUGCAACCCCUACAGUUAACUCUUCACUAAGCGUAGAUGAAGAAAGUGAAUAUUAUUAUGAGGAUGAUGAAGAGGAUAAUGAAUAUGAUGACUAUGAAGAAGAAGAAGAAGAAGAAGAAGACGUAGAAGAAACAGGAGAUACAGUAGAUGGUGAAACAGAUAAUGAAUAUGAAAGUCAGGCUGUAAAGGAGACAGCUUCAGAGAAACUGGAAAAUGAACCUUCUGACAAUACCAUAUGAAUGAGUGACUUCUUGUUGUAGGUAAGGGAAGGGUCACUGGAUCUCACCACUGAUGUUAUUACUUUCAUCUAUUACAAAUAACUGCAUAUAGUAUUUGUCAAUGCUAAUGAUCAUAUCCUCCAUUGGAAGCAGCAUAUGCCAGCCAAGUAAAGAUUAUACUAUUAUAUAAGGCUUCUGGUAUAUUUAAAAUGGCAAAUUAGGGGCAUUGAUAUUUUUUGUAAUAGAGUCUGUAGAUAUAUUAAAUUAUUAUCCUUAUUGACAAAGAGACAUUUAUCACCAUAAGAACUGCAUUAAUUCUUAGUGGCCUCGGAGACAUUUAUUAUUGUAAGAGCUGCAUCAAUUCUUAGUGGCCAAGGAGACAUCACUAAGAGCUGCAUAAAUUUUUAGUGGUCAAGGAGACAUUUAUCAUUAAGCUGCAUCAAUUUUUAGUGACCUAGGAGACAUUUAUCACUGUAAGAGCUGCAUCAAUUCUUAGUGGCCUAGGAGACAUCACUAAGAGCUGCAUCAAUUUUUGGUGGCCUAGGAGACAUUUAUCACUGUAAGAGUUGCAUCGACUCUUAAUGUCCAAGGAGACAUAUAUCACUGUAGUAAAAGUUGCAUUGCCACUUUUUUUAUACAUCCUUUAGCUCCAAACUGAUAGCAGGGAUGAAUAUGUCUGAUGAUAGAUAAAGGGGCACAUGUGGGGAUGGGUGUAGCCCAAAUGUGCCCUAACCUGUUAGAUGUUAUAAGAGCAAAGAAAGACUACUUUAAGUUGCAUUGUAUUGUGUAAAAUGGACUCAAAACUCGAAUAACCUUUUAACUAUCCAUAUCAAGUUGAUCAGACGGCAGCAUAUAUAUAGUUUCAUGGUUUGUUAAAUGACUUGAUGUUCUUAUCCCAUAGUUUUUAUUCUUUGGGAGAAGUUUACCAGUUUUCUGUACUAUUGUGUGAGAAGUAAAUAAUGUCGUGGAACUCUUAGAAAUAAUGUAUCCCUGUAAUGUACAGUCAAAGAAAAAAGUUAUGUUACACUUGUCUAGUCUUAUGUUCCAAAACUCAUGACAAAGAAUUUGGGUAAAGUAACAGUGAAGGUUUGAGGUUCAAGUCUGAAUGGGGAAUUUUACGCAAAUUCUGCACAUGGGUUUCAGAACAUAAGGCACGGUAAGUGUAAUGUGACUAUUUUCUUUGACUAUUUACAUCCAGAUAAUCUUGAAAAAUGCAACUGUUAUAAUUUCAUUCACCUGUUGUACAGGUUCAGUAUACAGUACAGUAUUGUGUGCCCUUAAAUAUAAGAAUACACGGUUUUAUGUGAUAGUGCGAUGAAUACUGGGCAACCAUGAUUUAUGGACACCCAGUUUAUGGAUUUUCAAAGAUAUGAAAAAAGAUCUAUCCACUGCAUUGAUUUACUGAUGAAACCCCUGGAUUAUGGAGGGUGUUGACGCAGGCAUGUGGGAGCUUUCUGUUCUGAAGAAGGACAGUAAACAGUGUUCUCCAGACCCUUGAUGUGUGUGGCUUUUUUUUUAAGAACUUGUUAAGAAAAACUGUAUACUGUACAGUAUACAGGAAAUAACCUUAAGCACUAACCACUGCAGUUUCUCCUAAGUAGAAUACUGUACAGUACAGUAUUAUUAUUGUUUUGAAUUUUGUUCCUCAAAAAAAAGUGCUUAAAACAAGCUUAGUGUAUUUAUUCAUUUGUAUUUAUUUCUUUAUCAUUUCACAACUUAUCAGCUUACUAUUCCAUUUGAGCAGUUGGUCUGUUCUUGUUAUGACCUUCAGUGUACAGGAGGAAACUUCUUUAACUGGAGAAAAGUUGCCAUGUUAGGUAGACUCAGUAAAACACCCUUCUCACAUGCUGUAUGUCCUGUGUUGGGGAUUGAACCCAGGACAUGGAUUGAAAGAUAUGUACAGUCUUGUUCAAGAUUCUUCAAACACUGCUGGAGACAUCUGGCAACUCGAGGCCGUUUGUUUACUAUAGUAUGUA